AUGUCCGAUCAACCUCUCGAGCUUGGGAACUCCACCAAGAAGCUUAUCAAAAUUACAACUCGAGCUCAGCUCAAAGUGUUCGGCUAUAUCAUCUGUCAUGUACAUAGCAACCGAUAUAGCCACCAACUGUGGCGUGCUCGCGAGGCACAAAUCCUUAAACUCGCCUUCCAAAAUCAGGUACUUGAGGUUCGGAGCCCUCAAAGUCAACUCCAAGCUAUCAAAAUACGACAAAGUCAAACUCUCGAGAAGCGGGCAACUCGAUAUGAGGCACUCGAUAUCGUCCGGCGGAAUCAUGACCUGCUGAAGGUUGAGAUACUUCAAACACGAAAAACCGCUAAAAUCCAAAGGCGGAGCUCUAAACGGGUCAAAUUCUUACACGAGAAAACACUCGAAGGAGCCCUAAACCACUCUCCUUCUCCUAAUUCAAGAAUUAACUCUUUUACGCCCUUUCGCGAAAUAAAGAGGAGCCACUGGUCGAUAUCGGCUGCACAAAGAGAAUUUGUGGAUUGGUCCCUCGUGAAGGAACAAGCAACGGGUUAUGAAAUUUACGAUUUUGUCCUGGACGAGGGCCCGAUCGUUGUAAUGGGCCGAGCUCCAGUCAUCAAACACAAGAUGGGUAAGGGAAGCCCAUUUGUAUCUCCAUUUGGUGGAUAA